CACUGACCACCACUCCAGGCGGUAGCCACAUCACCUAGCCGGGGCAGGCGAGGCCCAGACUGAGCCGCCCAGUCAACAACACCUCAUCCUCGGAUGGCCUCGGCCUCCGCGACAUGUCAGCUCUGCGGUGAAGAUCUCAGCGCCAAAGCACUCGCGCAGAGGCAGGCCCAUUACGAUGAACACUUCUCAUAUGAGCGUGAAGUACCUCAUGUGCACGGAUCGAGAUCCGACGGGCUGAAAGCUUGGUUUACGCCCUAUGUUGCCAACAAGGGCAAGCCGGAGACGCAGAAUAUAUUCUGGUAUCCCCCACAGACUCAAUCACCUCCCCGUAACUUCAGCCCAGGACUUAUCUCCGUACUCAAGAGAGCCUUGAUCGACUCUCACGAGAAGAGCAAGACACGGAAGGCUUGGCUUUGUCAUGCCCAAGCGGUACAUAUCCAAGGUGAAGGUUUCGACAGGACAUGGGGCUGUGGCUACCGCAAUUUCCUCAUGGGCUGCGCGUCACUGAUGGUUCAAACUAAGCAACCUCUAUACUUCCCUCUAUUGGAUCAUCCAUAUCCUCCGGGCGUUCGGAACUUACAGAGGCUCAUUGAGGAGGCAUGGUCAGCAGGUUUCGAUCAAGAGGGCGCCCAACAGCUGAAACGACACCUCCUUGGCACCGGGAAGUACAUUGGGACCGGAGAGCUCUAUGUUGCCUUCACGUAUCGAGGGGUCCCAUCACAGCUAGUGGACUUCGACUUGAAGGACGGUCCCGAUCCACUGCUGAACUGGGUCCUGCAGUAUUUCUCAGAUGGGGCAUCUGUACCGCGAGCAACACUCAGUGUAGAGGCAUUGCGGGAUGUCGUGAUGGUCACGGACAAGAUGCCUCUCGUGCUCCAACACGAUGGUCAUUCCCGGACCAUUGUCGGUUGUGAGCGAUGUCCCAACGGUUCCCUCAACCUUCUGGUCUUCGACCCGUCGAGACAUAUUCCCGCGGAAAUACGCGCGGCAGGUCUAGCGGAUUGGCACAAUGGUUCGUCGCGCAUGGAUCAUGUUGACACAACGAACGAUCUGCCAAGACAUCCUACGGCGUCGAAAGUGCUGCAUGAAGUCGCGCAUCCCAUACGAACCAUCAAGUCACAUCACAAGCGCAAAGCGGAAGAUCCUCCAAUGGACUCGUCCACGAAGAAACAACGAGCGGAUCACGCGCAUAACGAUGCGGACGACGUUGCGCAUGCGUAUGAAGGUGGAGGGGCGUCUGCGGUUUAUCCUUCUUUGGACGCGAGCAAGGUUCUCAGCGUCUUCAGGCUGGGACUGAAUCGCCUCAAGCGGAAGAACAAGUACCAGAUCUUGUACUUUCCAUUGACAGAACCCCUCAACGAGGAGCAGCGCUGGUCAAGACGCGAUCUGACCUGCUUGAAGGUUGUGUAGGCUCCGGGUAUUUGUCUUCUUGCUCUUGAAUGGGUCGUUGCUGCGACCGAGUCGCCGAAGUCAUUUUUAGAUCAUAGACUGAAUUUCUUUUUUAUGUUCGUUGCGAAUUUGACCGUCUUGGAUGUAUAGGGACUAUCGAACAGUAGUAAUACGUAGUAUACAGUUCUUGCAUGGCAUGUCGCAAUACGCCUCGAUUGCGAUUGUUUGGGGAGCGCGAUGUUUGUGUUCGCAAGACGAUUUCAGGUCACGCCAAUAUGGCGAGAUAAAGCAAGCGAAUGAA